AUGAGAACGAAGAAGAACAAAAACGACGAGGACGACGAGGACCCUUUACACCACCUCCCGCGCAAAAACUGGGAAAAAGAAUGCGCGCUGAAAUGCGCCAACAUCAGUCGCACUGGCUUUUUCGUCAACGCGCAAGGGAUGAAGAUACGAUGGUACGCGUGGGAUGCCUCCGGGAAUGAUGGUCACGGGAAAAAGUCGUCGUCGGGAAAAGACGCGAAGAAGAACGACGGACGACGAAGAGCAACUCUUGAAGAAAAGGACGAAGAAAAAGACCAAGAAGAGAUCGGCGUGGUGGUCGGCGCGCACGGUUCCGGAGCGCACGCCAUGUUUGAAUGGCUCCAAAGCAUUCCAAUGGGAACCGCGAGGAACAAGUAUAAAAACAGCUGGAUUGAAAGGAUGAAUAAAAAAGGCUUGACGUUUUACGCGUACGAUCACCAAGGCGCCGGGAGGAGCGAAUGCGCGAGAGGAUGCAAGGCAUUUAUGGAACGCGAAUCGGAUUUAGUGGAGGAUAACGCGCGGUUUAUGAAACUCGUGCGAGAGAGGCACUGUGGUGGGAAUACUAAUGAUGACGAGAAUAGUCGCGGGAGUCGAAGAGGGAGUCGAAAUAGAAACAGGAGUAGCGGCAACAACGGCGGUAGAAAGAAAGUGUUCGCGGCGGGCGUUUCGAUGGGCGGGUUCGUCGUCGCGAGAGCGGCUAUCGAGUAUCCGAAGUUAUUCGCCGACGGUGUCGUCUUAUUGUGUCCAAUGCUCUCGUUGAAAAAGCUGCGCGCGCACGCGUCGAACAGAAUCAUUCUGAAAAUCUUGCGCUUGUUCUCUAUAUUCACCCCGACGUGGGAAGUUGGCAAAACACACAAGAACAAAAAGUUCCCGCUCUGUCAAAAAGAGAUGGAAGACGACCCGCUCUGUUGGCCGUCCGGCGUCCGAGGCAUUCGCGCGAGAACGGCAUCGGAGUGCUAUUUCGGCACCGUGCGCUUAAACAAACCGGGCGUGAUUGAAAAGUUCACCCAUCCGGUCAUCGCGUUCCACUCGGUCGAAGAUCCCAUGACGGAUUGUUCCGGUUCCGAGUCCUUCAUCGAGCGCUGUCGAUCGAAGGAUAAAACCAUGGUCAGAUGUUCAGAUGUGUUUCAUCACGACUUGCAGCACGUCAGCGGGUACAGCGAACCAAUCGGGGAGGAGAUGUGCCAGUGGCUCACGAAACGAGCGUAA